UCUCUCUCUCUCUGUCCCUCCCGCGAUUAACUUGGCUGGUGGGGAUCGAGUGUAUUUCACGGGUUCUGUCGAUUUUGAAACAGAGCGGCAGAACAAACUCUUGAGCUCGGUGGAUGAAGUGUCCCAGUGUUCUCUCUAUCCUCUUUUCUUUUUUACAUUGCUGAUGUCUUCGUCUUCGUACUUAAAGGAUGUAACGAGUAAAGUGGUAGUAUGAAAUUUAAUUGAACGUCGAAAAGUUUUAAAAGAUGUUCAUGAUAUUACAACGCGAUCGUUCUAACAGAAUGUGCUUUUUUGAGUGCAGUCUUCAAUUUGACGUAUAUUAAGUAGGAAAGGUCGUGGCGAAUCGUUGGCGUGUGUUAAACCGUCUGUCGAUGAACUGAAGGAGAUGAAGACAAACAAACGGAAAAAGAGGACCGAUGCGUUUUUACGAAUUGCCUUCUAUCGCCAAGGAGUUCCUCGUUCAUCAUUACAAUUAAUUAAGAGAGGAUUCCAGGCAUUGUCCUUCGAUUAAUGGGACAAUUAUAUAUCUGAAGAAAAAUAAAUCUUCUAACCUUGUGAUAAACCGUGAUACUACUAUACUACGAAAUUUUUAUAUAUACAUAAUACGAUACGAUAAUUUAUAUAUAAGAAAAUACAUAUAGAGACAUAUUUCGCUGAUGUCUAUCUUAACAAUACGUAGAUUUAAAAAUACCAUGACAAGUUUAAUUAAGAACAGAAAGUGUAGAUUUGCUGUUUAAUCAAUUGAAGACGGGAAGAAGGAGAGGCAACUAUCUGUGGACAACCGGGAAUAGAAUGGUUACAUUCUUGGGAAUAAUAGUUAAAUAAUAUCUGCAUUACUGGAGAAAGUUAUAUCGACACGAUGUCCUCGCAUGCAUUGUGCUCGAUUCUGAAUCUGAUGCUCGUGAUGGCAAUUCUGAUGCCGGAAACGGAACACACGCCUUCGAGGGCUGUGUUCCAAUACGAUGGAAGGGCCGGAACAACAACGGAAGGGCCACAGAAAUACUGCGGCAACCAGUUGCCGCAGAAGUUGCAAGACGUCUGUGAAGGCAUUUAUCACACAAAACUUCAGAAAAGCAACAACGCAACGGAAGCAGAUGAUUCUACAACGUAUAACUAUGAUUCGUUUCCUUACACAUCGGCUGAGAACGCGAACAGAAUAAUCAAAGAAACCCGAGGGGGAAUUUCGGACGAGUGUUGUCGGAAGUCGUGCACGAUACAGGAAUUACAGUCUUAUUGCGGCAAGCCUGAAGAACGUGUCCGUCAUAAGCCAUAAAUUGCGUGAACACCGAUUAUGUCCUUCUACCUUCUAGCUUAUGAUUAUGGCCGUAUAAUUUCUGCCUCAGUCAAACAAACUGUGAUGGAUCGAAUCACGUUUGCGAUCUACAGAUCGCAUCGCAAUUCAACUAUUAUGUUAAAUAUUAAUACAGGAACAGUGAUCUCAUUUAUUAUGUAACGUAAUUGUAAUAUAAAAUAGGAAUAAAGUACAGACCAAAUAUACAUUAGAUAACUGUUUGAUUUA